AUGAAGUUAGAUAAGUCCGCUGCGAACUUGAGGUUUGAGCUUCUAGAUUGCUGGCACAGAUCAGACAAGCAUUCGGCGAAGGUUACAAGAUUUCAUAGACUGGUGACACGAUCCUCUUUGUCUAAAUACCUGAGCGUGGCCUACAACGACUCUGAUGACUCUGAAGUUUCCUUCGUCAUCAAGCCAUUUGCGGUCAAGAAGAUCGGCUGGGACAUUGUCAUAUUUCUGGUCGUGCUUCACGAUGGCAUUGUUCUCCCAUUACAGCUUUUGGGCAUUCAGAUCUACAGGACCAAGAUCUUGGGAUGGUUUUUUGCCGUGAUUUGGACCAUUGAUCCUGUUGUCUCCAGCUGCGUUUCUUACGAGCGCUUGGAUGGAACCUGGGAAAUGCGUCUCUCGCAUACUUUCCGCAGAUAUCUCACAGGUUUCUUUCUUCCAGAUGUGGUGCUGGCCGUCCUUAGCUGGGUUGAGCUCUUCGUGUCGAAUCAGACCUUUCAAAUUGUGCGUAUUAUCCGGCUGGCCCGGCUGUGGCGCAUCGAGGCGAUCAUACAGCUCAUUUCCAACAACAUCCGAUCUGAACGGGCAGUGCUUUGCAUAGGCAUUACAGGCAAGAUUAUGUGGCUAAUGGUCUUCCUCCACUUCAUGGCGUGCUUCUGGGUUGGGCUUGGUCGUCAGGAAGGUGGCUGGGUCUCAGUGCAUCGACCAGGAGCCAGCGAUGUGGAACAGUACAGCGUUGCUUUUCAUUGGGCGCUUGCACAGUUCCACGGUACUAUGGAGCUCUUCCCCUCCACCCUCGAGGAACGGAUUUUCGCUUUUACCUACCUGCUUCUGGCCUACUUGCUAGCGGUGGUCUUUAUCUCCUUUAUCACCUCGGCCAUGACCAGGUUGCACCUCAUCACUGGGGUGCAAGCAGCCCAUCAGAGAGUACUACGAUGGUUUCUGAUAGACAAUGGGAUUUCCAGGCAACUUACAGCUCGAAUCCACUCCAACUUGAAAGCCAUGCUCACUGCCCAGCAGCAUGCCGUGCCUGAAUCAGAGGUUGAAUUCAUACAGCUGAUCUCAGAGAACCUUCGCACGGAGUUGCACUGUGAGAUGUACGGACCCACCUUGCGACAUCAUGUGCUCUUCGAGCCUGUCAGCAGCCAGUUGGUGAAGCAGCUCUGUCACACCGCCAUCACCAUGGCCCUUGUCUCCCACGGUGAUUUGGUGUUCAUCCAAGGAGAAGUCCCCGUGGAGCCACGAAUGGUUUUCGCUACUGAAGGCAACCUUGCAUACUUUCGCAGUGGGAGGUUUGAGCCUCUUUCAAUGCAUCAUGGGCAUUUUGCGGCAGAGCCAGUGCUUUGGACAGAUUGGCUUCAUCAUGGAACUCUUCGGGUUGCAUCCUUGAGAGCCAGGCUGCUGCUGCUAAGUGCAAGCCGAUUCCAAGAGUUAGCCAGCAAAAACACGAGUCCUGAUUUGGAUUUGUUCUCGUACGCGUCCGAAUAUGUGCGGCAGUUCAAUGAGCUUGACCAAUGCGAUCGUCAUGACCUGUGGGAUGGCAUGGACCUGUCUGAAAUUUGA